ACGGCAACAAAAAGAAAAAUAAAAAGGGAAGGUGAAGUUAAUGCCAGCAGCGUGGUUAACCAAAUGCUACAGUCAAAAUUUCAUCAUGCACCCUUUUAAUGACUCUAUAAAUAUUCCCUGCUUAUCCGCUCUUCAUCACCGAUAAACACUCUGACUCUUCUUCUUCUUCCUCUUUCAUUUAUUGUUCUUGCCUCCUUUUCUCCUUCUGAAACACAUCUUUAUCAACCAGUGUGAAAAAAGAGCAUGGAGUUUCCAAUGAUGCUGCUGAGGCUUGCAGAGUGGGUGCUGUACCAGCUGCUUGCCAACUCUUACUAUAGAGCAGCAAGAAAAAUGAAAAGUUAUGGGUUUCAUUUCGGGUAUUUGUCAUCCAAACCACCCCCUCAACCUUCCUCUUUCCCUAGUGUUGUCAAAUAUGAUUUUGAGAGUAGAGAGUCACAGACACUUGUGGCUUGUGACAUUCAUAGAGUCCUUUUGAGGUCCCAUUCUUUCUUUCCUUAUUUCAUGCUUGUUGCCUUUGAAGGUGGCAGCAUUUUCAGAGCAUUCCUCUUGCUUUUGUCUUGUCCUGUGCUGUGGAUUUUGAACCGUGAGCUAAGGCUUAAGGUCAUGACAUUCAUCACCUUUUGUGGGCUAAGAACAAAUGUUAUGGAUAGUAUAUCAAGGGCGGUUUUACCCAAGUUUUAUUUGGAGAAUCUCAACCUUCGUGCUUACGAGGUUCUGGCCUCAGCAGGGUCUAAAGUUGUCUUCACGAGUGUGCCUAGAGUUAUGGUGGAAAGGUUUCUUAAGGAGUAUUUGAGCGUUGAUGCUGUUGUAGGCACAGAGUUGCACACCGUUGGUUGCUACUUCAGUGGUUUGCUUUCUGGUUCUGGUUUACUUGUGAAGCACAGAGCACUGAAGGAUUAUUUUGGAGACACAAAACCUGAUAUUGGGGUUGGAAGUUCUGCUGUUCACGAUCAUCUUUUCCUCUCCCUUUGCAAGGAAGCAUAUGUGGUGAACAAUGAAGAGAGCAAGAACAACUUUAGCUCAGUGAUGCCAAGGGAAAAAUAUCCAAAGCCCUUAAUAUUUCAUGAUGGAAGACUAGCAUUCCUGCCUACACCCUCAGCAGCUCUGUGUAUGUUCAUGUGGCUUCCAUUUGGAAUUCUUUUUGCCAUUUAUAGGAUCCUUCUAGGCAUUGUACUUCCUUAUGGAUGGGCAUUAUCAUUAGGGGUUUGGAGUGGCUUAAAUCUCCAAAUCAAAGGGAUUCUCCCUGAAAAGUCAGAGCAAAAGCAAGGGGUCCUCUAUGUUUGCACUCACAGGACUCUUCUUGAUCCUGUUUUCCUAAGCACAUGUUUGGCAAAGCCUUUGACUGCAGUGACAUACAGCUUGAGUAAGGUGUCUGAGUUGAUAGCCCCUAUAAGGACAGUGAGACUAACAAGGGACAGAAAAAAAGAUGGUGAAACAAUGGAAAGGCUUCUGAGAGAAGGGGAUUUGGUGGUGUGUCCUGAAGGAACAACUUGUAGGGAACCAUAUUUACUGAGGUUCAGCUCACUUUUUGCAGAAUUGGCUGAUGAGAUUGUGCCUGUUGCUAUCAAUACUCAUGUGAGCAUGUUCUAUGGGACCACUGCAAGCGGGUUGAAAUGCUUGGACCCUAUUUUCUUUCUCAUGAAUCCAAGGCCUAGCUGUUACAUUCAGGUUCUUGGAAAACUUCCCAGAGAACUUACAUGUGCAGGAGGAAGAUCAAGCUGUGAAGUCGCAAACUUUAUACAGAAACAGUUAGCCGAUGCUUUGGGAUUUGAGUGCACCACACUCACGAGGAGGGAUAAGUACAUGAUGCUGGCAGGGAAUGAAGGGAUUGUCCAACAAGACAAGAGGACAACAAAAUGCUAAUCACGAUGUGGGACUUGGGUUACCACUAAUCUUUUCUGAUUUCAUCUUGUACACUUUUUCUUUGUUGCCUAAUUUAUGUUUUUCUUUUUGUUA